AUCCAAAUAAAACCGUACAAUUCAAUACUGCCAAUGAACUUCUAAAUAAUCCAAGUUUACAGUCUAAAACAUCUAAAAGUAUUGAAAUUGAGAAAGCAAUUUCAUUUUAUCAAGAUAAGUCACAUGUCAACAAUACGGAAAAGGCGACAAAAAACUGGCUAGAGCAUUUUGAAAA